AUGCACAGGAUAAAGUUGUUACAGGUGGAGUUUUGGCUCUUAAAAAGCAGGCCUGUGGCUUGGAUUGUUAGAUACAAACACAGAGCUGCUCUCCGUCUCCUCUCCACCAGCAGACACUUUGCUCCAACAGACCGAAAAACAGCAACCAAAGAGCAGGAGACAACGAUCCCUGGCCCUUUCCUCAGGAUGGAGGAUUCUCCAUCCAAGCCAUCUGUGGCUGAGCUGGCUGGAAGGUUCAAAGGUCACAUUCUACCCAUGCCCACCUCAAAUGGCGAGUUGCCGUUUCGAAGAAGACCCCCAUGUUCCCUAAAGUUGCAGAACCAAAAAGAUGAUAAUGAAUCAGAUAAAGCUAUCGUCUCACCAAACCCCUUUAAAAUCAAGAUGAAGAACUCCCCCAUCAUUGAGAAACUCCAGGCCAAUCUCUCUCUGUCACCCACUGCUCUGCUGCCUUCACCCAACAAGAGUCCUGAGGUGAAGCUCCAGCCAGCUCCGUUGUCCCCGAUCACACCCUGCAGCCCGCAGAGGCCCCUGAGCCCCACCCUGAGGCCCUCGCGCCUGUCCAGUGAAGAGGAGGAUGCCGUCAGCUUCGACAGCCCUCCUGAAGGCACCCCGCUGCCGAGCAUCAACAAGACUCGUGCGCGGCUAUCGUUCACAAGGCGCCCGCCCACGAGACAGCACAGGAGGUCAGCUGGAGAGGAGGCGGGAGCCUUCGGGAGCGCUCUCUCCCCGUGUGAACUGUACUGCCCAGAAGAGAAUGGGAACACAGACCUGGUUUUUGAAUACGGACAGCCGGCAAGUCUGAAAGAAGCUGAAGAGAUGGACAGGGACUGUGAAAACACAGAGGAUGGGGUAGCUGAGAGUGACCCAGAUGACGGGGGAGAUCCGGGGGUGGAGCAGGAAGCAGACCAAGCCCAGAACAUGGAGGCUUUAGAGGAGCAACAGCAGCCUUCAGAGCCUUGCCAAGCAGAUAGGGAAGGAGGAGAUGCCUCCAAGGGAGCCCCAAGAAGGAAAUGACAUGGUGUGAACUGUGAAUGUUUACUUUAAGAAAAAAAAAAUAUAUAUAAAUAUAUGUAUACACACACACACAUCUUUUGCUGAAUAAGUUAUUCAGUGCUUUGAUUAAGAGAACUCUUUAAAUACUCUUCAGAGAAAAUUAAUCUGUUUUAAAUUUAUUUUUAAGUUCCUCUGUCGCCCUCUCCUGGCUGUCUACAGAACAGGUCUAUAAACACUGGAGAGUUAAGAGAAGCAGCUGUUCUCUGUAGAAGGAAGCCUCAAAGUUGAUACUGUAUCAAUUAUCAGGAAAUGUGUGUCAUAUACUUUAUGUCUGCAUAGCCAGACCUGUUUUUCAUCUUUAUUUUUUUGAAAUUUAAAGACAUUAUUAACAGAAGUCAGAAGUAUCUGUCAUUUAUACAAGACUUUGGAAAUACUGAAUGCUGGGUUGACAAAAGGCAAAAUGUAAUUAGACUUCAGAUAUUUAGCAGGUAUAUAUAAAACGUUAUGACAUCGAUGGAUAUGUUGAUAUCAAAUCCCUAUCACUUUAGGUUCUUUGCUCAUCUAGUUCUCUGUUGUUUGUUUUAUUUUGUACUCUGCAAAAUAUCUAAAUCCCAGUGCUACUGUGGAGUGGCUCGGAUCCUCAGCAAUUAUGCACAGAAAUGUUAAGACAAUAAAUAGCUCCCUUCCUCUAUGAGAAAAAAGUUGAAAUUGCGUGUGUAUGGUCAACGAUUUGUUGGGUUUUAAGACUCAUUGAGUCAAAAUGAUCAAUGUUGAUGAACAUCUUAAUUCUGGUUGGCCAGUCAGUAAAUACUUAAUGCUGAGUAUCAUCUCCUGAGACACUAACUAGACGGUGUUAAGUCAGGUCAAACAAUGUAUGAUUUACAGUUAGAGGUUGCUGAUGACGACAGAUAGAUCUGCUUUCAAUCUGAGGAUUGAAAGCUUGUGCACACCCACGGAACAAUCACACGUGAUUUAAAUUAAUUCCCCUGGAUAGCCCUGCCCUCUUCUCCGGGUUGUCUCUAUGUGCACAAACUGUUAGUAUGAACUGUGCAUUAACAGCUCUUAUUGAAUCUGUUAAGGAAGGACAAUUUACACUUUGAUCAUCUUAUUGGUACGUGGAGCCACAUCAUUUCCCACUGUACUCUGCCCGUUUUUAACCUGAGCAGAGGUUUAAUCAGAACAUCUGUGUGUAACUGUGAAAAUCAAAGUAUUUAUAAAAUCAAAUCACACUUUGAUAUAUCAACAAAUGAUCUGCCCUUUUAUGACAAAACGUUCCCGGCCCUUCCUGAGGGCAUCAUGGUAUGAAAAGCUGGUAACAAACAAAACAAUUGUCGACCGUUGUUUAGAAUUGCAGCAGUGUCAAUAGGGGUCAAAUGUCUCUCUGUUCCUAUGGCACCCCGUCAUCUUCAACUUUACACAAAAUGUGCACUUUAAUUUGGAUGUGUAUCUCGUAUCAAGUGUUAUUUUGACUGAAAGUCCUUUUUAAACCCUUUUAUAGCGUAGCAGCAAGUGAGCACCUGUGCACUGUAAAAACACGCCUUACUUUAAAAGCUAUAGGACUCACCUGUUUCAAUGAUUUGACAGGUGCGGUCUGGGCCUAUGUAAUCACCUCAAUGCAAACUAAAAUGAUUGAUAUCAUCAAAGUCCUCUUGACUGAAGACUUGAAUUUGACUAAUAGGUUACAGCAAGAUAACGUUACGUAAGCUUACGUAAGCUAUUAUUUGGUUACGCAAAUAAACAUCCUCAAAGCCACCUGGGGAAACAACAACAACAACAACUGGAUCACGUUGUGUGCUUACUUCAAAUCCAUAAAGAUAUACCUACAGUACGAAUAAGUGUCCGUGUUAUUGACUUGUAUUGAAGCUGGUUGUGAGUCGUAGUAACAGACCCUGAAUUCCAAGGAAUGUCGGAUGUGUGUCAUGUCCCGUAACUUUAAGUUUCC